AUGAGUAAAUUACGUGCUGAUAUAACUUAUCAGUAUCGUCAUAAACCAGAUGAUCUUUUUUCUACUUUUUUCAAUACAGCUUCAACACAUGAUAAUACUACAACUCAAACAAUGCAUAAUAAUGCUACUAUAAUACAAACACAUAGUAAUACUACUUCAACUCAAAUGACAUAUGAUAAUACUACUUUAACUCAAACAACACAUAGUAAUACUAAUAUUGAUUCAUCAGAUAAAACACAAAAUAUGUAUUUAGAUGAAGAUAAUAAAAAUAAGAAUAAUGAAGAAUGUGAUUUACCUUAUAUUUCUGAAACAGAAUUUGGUGAGUAUCUUCAAGAGUAG